AGUUGUAAAUCUUAGCUGUGUUAAUGCUCCGUGAUAUAAAAUAAACUUAAUUUAAGUAUAAUGGGGACAGAAAUAGCAAUAUCAUUUACGUCUUUACGUAAUCAACUAGAAAAUGAAAAGAGCAGUUUGUUUAAAAUAGACGAAAACAUUAAGAAAAUUGUCCAAACCUCCGGACGGUUUCCCAACGAUAGGUUCAAUCAAUCUUCACAUUAUACAAGAGGUGGACAACAAACUGGGGGACGGAAUUCUUACGUGGAUUUCAAAAAUCACAAGAUAGACGAUCAGUUAGGGAAACGUAAAACUGAAACUAAAACAGUUUUUAGCAGAUUGUCAGUAAGAGACCAAGAUAGUGAUGGUGAUGAUGACUUUCCGAGUGUCAAAAGAGCAAAAGUACCGUCAGCAGUAUGUCGGGAGUUGCCAACCAGAGCAGCGGUACUACGAGCACAAGGUGAUGAUGAACAAGCAAGGACAAGGAAUAGAAGAAUAUUUGGAUCACUCCUUGGAACAUUACAGAAGUUCAAACAAGAGGAAAUUGUGUUACAAACUAAGGAGGAAAAGAAAGCACAAGUUGAACGUAAAAUAGAAGAACAGGCAAGAUUACAAAAAGAAAAAGAACAGAAAGAAAGAAAAACAUUAUUUGCUGAAAGGGAAAACAAGAAAGCUACAAUCAAAGCACUAGAGGUGAAGAUGGCAAGAGUUGAAGAGUUUGAGAAAUGGGAGAAGUCACAAAAGGAUCUUGCAAAUUUUAUUCUAACAAAAACAAGACCACACAUUUAUUGGCUGCCCAAGAAGAUGACAGAAAAGGCUAUGGAAAAGUUGAAUUCUAGUAGAAAAUAUCACGAAAAAUGUAUGAUCAAGAAACGUCAAGAACUCCAAGAGGAAUUGCAACGAAUAGAGCAGAGAUGUCUACGGCGUGGUCCAGCAACCAAAGAGAACAAUCCAUCAGUCCAAGGAACAGAAGACAGGAAGAAGGACAGAGAAAAUAAUGAAAAAAUAGUGACUGUUAAGAAUGAAGAUGAUACAGGCAGAAAGAGAAACAAAUUCGCAAUGGAUGUAGAUGAGAAAGACAGAGAAGAUAGUGAUGGUGAAGAUAGAACUGAAGAGGUUAAAAAGGAUAAAGCCGAGGAAGAUAUUGUAAAGGAAAACGAUGAUAACAAAAUGGACACUACAGAACAGCAAGAAGUUAUUACUGAAACGAAAGAAAUUGAGACCGAAGUUAAUGCACAGUUAGAAAGUACAAAUGUAGAGACUCAAGAGACGGUAGUGCAAGUUACAGAACACAAAGAACCUAUAGAUACAGAACAUUCCCAAUAGUGCAUGUAGUUAAUUUGUUGACAUACAAAAAUGGUGAAUCAAGUUGACAAGUAUAAUGUUUUCAAAUAAAGAUAUAAGCAAUAUUUGAGUCCGUAAAUGAUUAUUUUUAUUUAAAUUUUUUCUUUC